AGUGCAACCUUAGUCUGUUGGGCCCAUUAUCUGUUGGGCCCAUACAGUCUAGAGACCUUGUGGGGCGAAAUGGGGCUGAAUCUUUGUCCACGUAUUUCCUACCAGCGCAGUGGAUAAAUUGUAAAAUGUCAUGUGGCAAAAUAUUAGCCUCCUGCCCUCCUGAUUUAAUUGAAUUUCGUGAGGAGGCAGCCUGCGCUCAAGCAGUGGCAUGGCUUCUCUUUUAUCUCCAACUGCUGUUGCAAUUCAGCAGUAUCCUAAAAUUCUUUGCUUCUCUGCUUUCAAGCCCACUUUUACUUUCCGCCAUAAUCUACAUUCUUUCACUAAAGGCUUCAAGCAUAACCCAGGAAGGUGCAAUGCAUUUUUUGGCAACAUCCCAGAUGAUUCAUUAGAUCCCACUCUCCAUCCGGACCAGUUCCCUAUCUUUCAAUCUGGGUUGGUCCAGUUCCAUAGAAUUACUGACGAUUUAUCUGAGUUUCAGAAAUGGGGAUUAUUGGUUUUUGGUGGACUCGCAUGGAUUUACUUAACUGCAAGGCCUGGUGUACUAAUAGGUGCCAUUGAUGCGUACCUUCUGGCUCCUCUGCAACUGGGUUUGGACAGCUUGAGUGGACGACGGCGCUUGAAGAGUACUGACUUUAUGAUUGAAAAUAAAUUGGGAGAAGGAUCUUUCGGUGUUGUUUAUUCAGGGGUAAUUAUUCCAAAAAAUGUGACUCUGGAAGAGAGGGGGCAAAAGAGAAGAAGGGGAAAAUCACUGGAAUUGAAUGGGAGAUACAAAGAGAAGGUUAUUCUCAAAAUGGUGAAGGUUGGAAUCCAAGGGGCUGAAGAAUUUGGUGAAGUUGAGGAGUGGUUUAAUUAUAGGAUGUCAAGAGCAGCUCCUGAAACAUGUGCUGAAUUCCUCGGUAGUUUUGUUGCUGACAAAACGAAUUCACAAUUUACACAGGGUGCAAAAUGGCUUGUUUGGAAAUUUGAGGGAGAUCGAAAUCUUGCUGAUUAUAUGAAAGAUCGUAACUUCCCUUUUAACUUGGAGUCUGUCAUGUUUGGACGUGUCCUGCAAGGAGUGGAUUCUGUUAAACGUAAUGCAUUGAUCAUCAAGCAAAUAAUGCGCCAGAUUAUUACUUCACUGAAAAAAAUCCAUGAUACGGGAAUUGUUCAUCGGGAUGUAAAGCCAGCCAACUUAGUUGUGACAAAGAAGGGAAAGAUCAAGCUCAUAGAUUUUGGGGCUGCCACUGACCUUCGAAUAGGCAAGAACUAUGAACCCAAUCGAACUCUGCUCGAUCCUGACUAUUGCCCACCUGAGCUAUACGUACUUCCAGAGGAGACCCCAAGUCCUCCGCCAGAGCCAAUUGCUGCCUUGCUUUCUCCAAUACUUUGGCAGCUGAACAGUCCUGAUCUAUUUGAUAUGUAUUCUGCUGGGAUUGUACUCUUACAAAUGGCCAUACCAACUUUAAGGUCCGUAGGAGGCUUAAAGAAUUUCAAUGCAGAGCUAAAAACGGUUGAAUACGACUUGAAUAGAUGGAGAAAGGACACUCGAUUGAGGCCUGACUUAACAAUUCUUGACCUCGACUCAGGUAGAGGGUGGGAUCUUGCUACAAAACUGAUCUCAGAGAGGGGUAGCCUUAUGAGAGGCCGUUUAUCGGCAGCUGCUACUCUUAGGCAUCCUUAUUUCUUGUUGGGUGGUGACCAGGCAGCUGCAGUACUUUCAAAGUUUAGCUUAAACAAAUAGUUACCUGUAAUAGAUCCGUGAGUCCAUGUCUGCCCCCUCUGAUUUUCAUUAUCAGUUUCCUUUUCUUCUUAGAUACACUUUUGAUUUGCAUCAUUAGUUCUCACAGGACAUGUCUAAAUCAUGCUCUCCCUAUAUUAUGCUGAGGUGUCAGGUGUGUGACUUGAUUGUUUUUCAAUUCUCAGAGAACAGAAACCUCCCAGAAUUUUCUUCUUAAAUGAUUCAAGUUAUGAGAUAAAACAA